AAAAAAAGUCAAGUUGAUGAACACUCUAGUGAGUUAUAAUUCGACCCCGCGCAUACACAAAUGUUUAACUUCCUUGUGUGAAGCAGGUGGGUUUGUCAGAAGAAAUAGACAUUUACAGCAAGUUUUAUUUAAGGAGAAAUAGAAAUAUCUUGGAUCACAACCCUCAUGUAUAAUGGACUUAAAGUUGAAUUUUCAAAAACGGUAAAGGAAGGUGAAUGCUUUAUAAAGUUCUUGAACGCCACAAUUGAAGAUGCAUUAAGUCGCAGAUAUAUUUUACUUAAGUUGAAAGGGUGUUUAUCAAGUCUACACGGAUUGUAUUUUAAACAGUUAACCUCACUAGAAAAUGAAAAUCCUCGGGAAAUACUAAACAACCAAAUAACAGGAAAAAAUAAGACGGCAAGAGAAAAAGAUGAAACUUCCGUAAAAUCUUUUUCGUUUAAAGAUCUAAAUUUGCAAAAGCAGGUUAUUGACAAUACUACUAGGAGUAGUAGCAAUAAUAGCUAUAAAAGUGAAGAGUUGGUGGUGGUGUUGAACAUUAUAGAUUGGUUUUGUCUUCGUAAAAGCUGUUCUUGCGUCGUUAACAAUUAUGAGGGUGCAGCGUCGUCUACUGUUGUUGAAAUAGCGGAUCUUUCUGCCUUCUACAGGUUCUCAGUGGCGAAGGAAGUCAUCCUCUCUCCUAUUCUCUCAAACGAGACAAAUCUUUUGUUAAUGCAGUCGCCAGUUACCUCCCAGUAUCGCUACAACCCUGGUACACUCCCGCCUCCUGGCCAUGUAGUUGCUCAGUUGAUGUUUAAAAUAGUGCGAAAAGGCUCUUUGAUCUCUUUACGCUUACUGGACGGCAGUCUAUUGUUGUUGGCGAUCACCGAAAUCUUUUUUUCUGGUCCAAGCCGUCUCAAAAGUACAAAGGAUGACUUUUUUGCGGUUUCGAGCGAGUGUUCAGUUGUAGUGACGAGAGAAACACCGGAAACUCUUGUAUCUUUGCGCCAUUAUUCCACCUUAUUUCUUCCGGAUCUUAAGUUAUUCGGAGCCCUUCUAGCCUCCAAUAUUGCGACUGGAAUCUUAAUUAGUGGAUCUUCGAAAAUUGCAGACAAAAGCACGCUAAUCCGCAAUUUUUGCUGUACCAGCGGCAAAAAUUUCUUAGAGAUCGAUUUUAGCACGCUCAUUUCCACUGAGGAAUUUUUUUGCGCAAGCGAAAAGUACAAACUUUCUUUUGCACUAAAGGGGUUCUAUAAACGAGCCUCUAUUAGAGUAAAAACCAUAUAUAGUGCUUUUUUUUUCGUUGACGUGCUUUGCAGAGGCCAUGUGUCAUAUUAUUUGAUGAUCUCGAGAGUCUUUUCCCCAGAAAUGUGGAUGAUGAGGACUUGCUGCAGUUGCGUUACACUUUCGUCACUCUUUUCUCGAACCCUCACGAACAUCAUUGGAAUCACCAGCAAUGAGAGCCACGUGCAUCCUUCUGUCCUCCCCGCGUUCAUAGAUAAGGUAAGUAUAAAGGAAAUUUCACAAUGUCAGCGCAUAGCUUUACUCGAGGAAAAACUCACCAGCUUUCGCCUCGAAGGUGUUGAUAAAGAAGACCUCGCCGAAGUGUGCCAAGGGUUGGAAGCAGUUGAUCUUUUUCUCUUCUUCCGAAGCCUAAUCGACUGUGAUGGUUCGACUCCUGUCACUCUUGAUGACUACCGUGCGUUAUCGAAGAAAAUCCGUCUAAGAAGGAGUGGGAAGGACAAAAUGGUGGACCACGUGUCCUUCGACAGUAUUUGCGGUCUUUCACACGUUAAAGAAAGCUUAAGACGCACUGUUCUUUCUUUUUUCAAGCACAGAGAUCUCUUUGGACAAACCAAGUUUACUUUGAACAACGGAUUAUUACUAUACGGCCCUCCCGGGACCGGGAAGACCAUGAUUGCCAAGGCUUUGGCUUACGAGGCGAGUGCACAGUUCCUCUCCUUCAACAUACCUGAACUCAUCUACUCAGAGAUCGGAGAAUCAGAAAAGAGAAUCUCUACCAUUUAUGCAAGAGCUCGAUCAAUGGCGCCCUGUGUCUUAUUUUUUGAUGAGAUGCAAGCAGUAUUUGGCCAUCGCGAUGUUUCCACCACCUUUGAAAGGACAGUACUUUCUCAACUGCUAUACGAGCUUGAUAGCUCCUCUCCGCUCUCUGGAGUAUUUUUAUUGGCGGCUACUAACGCGCCAUGGUCAGUUGAUCCCAGUCUUUUGCGUCCUGGACGGCUCGACGAGGCCAUCUUUGUUUCUCCGCCCGACCUCGACACUCGCGAGGAGCUCAUAAGGCGACUACUUGCGGGCCGCCCCGUUUCUAGUUUGGUGGACACAAAGUUGGUUGCGGCCAAGACCCCUCUUUUUACUGGGGCCGACCUAAAACAUUUAUUACAGGUAGCAAUCGUGCACUCAAUGAAAAGAAUUUUGCAGAACUCGCCUGAUAGAGAGGAGAUAUGCAAGGAAGACUUGGAAGCUGCCAUGGAAAGCUGUCGUCCUUCCAUAACGGAAAGAAUGAUGGAGGAAUAUUCGAAGUGGAAACUUUUAUCUUAGUAGCCUCCGCUUUAGUUUUGUUUUAUGAAAUACAUAUAAUAAACCUUUGAAACGCAUC